CUCUCUCCCGCAGAUCUCUACUUAGCUUUGCGAUUCAACGUCCAACCUUGACCAUCUCACUCGACUAAUAACCGUUGUAUCGCUAUUGUUACACCAUUCGACUCGACUUCAAUACCGUGACUCAUAUUUUUUUUGGUGCCAUGGCUGUCUCUGUCGCCUGAAUUUUGGCUCUUGGCGGCGCUUCCACGAUGCGAUAGAUUCAGCCCCCUCCUUUGUCUCCAACUACUUCCACUCGUUCCUCGAUAUCUCACGCUGUACCACAUCGUCUUACGCGCAUAUUCGCCCAACCUCAUUCUCGAUUCGAGUCGUAUCGACGUUUCCAACGCCUUCUCCUUGGCUACGCGCCUUUGUGCUUCCCAAACAUCCCUUUUAGGAGGCUUGCCGUUUCUCACCUGUAGCCACUCACAUCCGCCGCCUCCAUGAUGACCUCGGCCAUUAGGCCUUCGUCACAAGUGUCUAUUUCGGGCAGUGGCACCGCCACCAUGGCCGCCAGCCAGCUUCAACCGUUAACGUAUGACGGGGGUGAGCUGCGAAUCGUCCUUGUGCCAACAUCCGACGAUGGGAACGACGCUUCAGAACAUGACAUUGGAGGCUCAGAGGUCGACCGCCGGUUUUCGUCCGACAGUUAUAGAUCAUAUAGAGCGCCGAACCAAUCCAUUCCGACACACCCUAUCCCGUCUUUACAGGAUGCCUUUGCCGAAUCUCUGGACGAGGUCACAUCCGAGACCGAAGGACCCGGUAAACCUAAAUUGAGAGAACUUGAUGCACAAGGUCGUCGGGGAAGAUUAUUAGAACAGGCUGCUGAGGACGAACCAUUCGACACCUUAUGGCGUUAUCGACCUGGACAGCAACAGCAUGAGAUGUACAAACUCAUCUCACAAAUUACAUUUGGUGUAUACCUCUUGCUCAAUAGUUUGGCUGCCGAUAAUGGUCAAGUCGUAACCAUUCUUCAAGGUCAUAUUGAUGAGGUUGAUGAGUUUCUCGAGGUGAUGCUUGAAGACUUUGCGCAGGCUCACAAGGAUCUCACAGAACGCAUCGCUCUUCUUCAGCUUCCCAUGGCCAACAGACAAGCCUUUGAAAACAUGCUUGAAGAUCGGACCUUCAGAGCAAAGAUUCUUGCCGGGAAUGAGAGGAUCGACCAUAUCCUGGCUCGAACGAAUGCUGCCAUGAAGCAAUGGGACGACGAUAUUGAUGCUGGACUUCGUUCUAGUGAAGCCUUUAUGGAAUGGCUCAAUGAACAUAAGAAUAUUAAAUGGCCAGAGUCCGAGCCUGAUCUGGACAGUAUUUAUCGGGCUAUGAAGGGCAACGCUGAUGGCUGGCUCAACACUUUCGACGACUUGAACAAUCAGGCACAGGAUCUGAACGGAUUGGUUAUAAAACUCAUGACUAUCGUGGCUGAAAUGGAGAAGACGGCUGGCGAGGUUAGCCGCAAGACCUGGGCAACCAUCCCUCCGUUCACUAUCCCGGUCGACGAGCCAAAGUCUGAAGAGCCUGCUCAAGUCGACUCUCCGUCGACAAGAUCCAAUACGAAAUCGCUUACGCCCGUGGCCAGCAUUCGUAGUGGUGAGAGUCAUCGUGCAUCCCACAUGACGCAAGACGAUCCCGAAGUGAAUACUCUCAGUGAUUUCCCUCUUCCUGGAGGCACACCCCUACUACCACCUACGACGUACCAACGCGCGAGCUUUAAACCUUCCCCGAACCUAAGCGUCUCGACUUCUUCACCUAGGCCCAAUAUCAGCGCAAGCGUGUCACCCUCAUCUUCUGGACCCAACCUUAGUACUACAUCCCCUUCAUCUGGCGCGUCUACUCCCAGGGCGUCUGUUGCAGGGGAUGCAAAACAGCCAGAGAGGGAGGAACCUGAUAACAGUGAUGCAAAUAGCGGUUUCGACGAUGGGCCUUUAUAUAUCCUUCAACCCAAGGUCUACACCCCAAAAUCCGCCGCAGCUCCUGUGGCUCCAGGCCCUGAGACGCCUCGUUUCGAAGAAACGAGUCAAAGACGAACUAUAACACCUUCUACUAUACAUAUCCCUGCUCCCGAAGAAGUUGAGGAACAGACUCUCAGACGAACGCUCACCCAGACUGUUCAGGAUGCAAUGGGACUGCAGAAGCGGACCUCAUUGCGGCAACGAGUCUCAUUGAAGAAGAAUCCACCUGAGUCGAUUCACAUCCCUCCACGCACCUACGCCGAGCCGCCACCCAGCCGCCCAUCUCCCUCUAAUACAGCACCCCGUACGGCCAGAUCUCAUGCGCCCGAUUACACCCUUGGCUCCGAUCUCGAAGUACAGCAGCCUCAUCGACUUCCCCGAGCAAUCUCACAUGCAGACUUCUCAUCAACUCAAUCCCAUGUCCCUGUGAUGCCUUCACCUCACUCCGAGCAUCACCAGUUCUAUCAUAAUACGAUUCCUGUCCGUGCAUCGCCUCAUUCUCCUCUACAGCAGAGACCUCAUACUGCCGGCCCAGCAGAUGUCCAAUAUCGCCCCUCAGGAUAUUUCCAAGGUCAUCAACGUAACCAGCCUUCUCGAAUGGGCGGUAUGAGUACUCUCAGUAGUGUCACAACAGCGACCUACGAUGAUGCCGCUACUGUUACUUCACGAGCUACUACCCAGGCCGGAGGAAAGCGAGUUAAGAAGAAGAAGAGUGCAUUUGGAUGGCUUAAGAAGGCAUUCAGUCUUGAUGAGGACGAAAAGGCGGAUUAUGAAGCACGCAAGGCCAUGCAGUACCAGAACCAAUACAAUAAUCAGUAUUACGAGGGACACAGUCCCAAGUUCUUGGAUGGAAAGAGAAUUCGGUAGCGUGGGCAGAUGAGGGAUUCUGGAUAUUUGAGCUUUUGACGCGGUUAAAUACUCGAUCAAAAGUGUCUCCUAUUUCACGCAAAACUUCAUUUGCGAAUUGAUACCCGGCGACGACGCUCGCCUGAUUUUGCGCAUAAGCGUUCCUCACUCAUUUACUUUGUCACUUGGAUGCUCUCAGCAUUACAGCAUCUGCACAUCUUUUGGAAAUAUCAUUGAUGGCAUUACAUUCCUACGAAAAUUUUCUUUCUACUUGGCAUGCCAGAUUCUUCGGCCAGCGAUGAAGGCGUUUCUGGUUUGGGCACUACGGUUAGGAAGAUGCUUAAUCUAUCUUGCAUCUUCAUGUUUUUAGGACAGAUUUAGGGGCCAUUUGAUGGAAGGGACGAAGUUGGAUGUUGCUGAAGGAUCUAUAAAAGAGUUAAAGCCUGAAAUGUCACGAUGAUGGCAUUCCAGUAUAUUACAAAUUUACGUAUCAAUGAC